AUGCCCAUUGAAGUCGAUCCGCCUGCGAAGAUUACGUGGGACUCGAGGGACGAUUGGGCGAGUGUGCUCGCGCUCUUUGUGGAGAGCGGAAGGACGGAUUUUAAGCCGAUAUCAACUACUUCAAGGGGACCGUUCGCACCCAAGAACCUUUGCAACCACGCACCCUUCGUGCUCAUUCACGACCACCCGGCAUUUGACAGCUCGCGCACCAUCAAUUCACUUUGUUCACGCAUCACGCAUCAUUCCACUCCUGUUCGUGUAUCUCAUGCACGACCAUACCCGCGCCGUCGAUCGGUGCACCCUCAGCACAUAUUCAAACCACUAAUGAGCAACAUCCAUCGCAUCAGCAUCGUCCACAUAAUCUCCAGCAUCACAAUUCACUUACGUCUAUCACGUCGUUUUCUUGGUACAAUCCGUCAGUGCCAUGUCGGCUUGCCGCAUCUAUACCUCUUCCCCGCCUCUAUUCAGCUUGUCGAGUACAAGGUUGCCCCCUUGAUUUCGCUUUCGCUUUCGUUCGCUUUUUCGUUUAUCGAAAACAUUUGGUUUGAAUUAUCUUUAUCUACGGCUUGUGUCUUGUGCGAUACAAUGGUAUCCACGCACCCAGAUUUGGUUGAGAUAGAAAACGACGAAAAGUCGAGAUUAGGGGGAGCGAAGCUUGGACAGUUUCAUUGA